AUGAAUAAUGAUAAUAAUCAACAACAACAAGAGUUAGGGUUAUUAUUUUCAAGAAUAUUCAAAAAUGUGAUUAUUCAAAGAUGUAUAUUUUAUCACUUGAAGGAAGUAUGUAACAUACACAACAAGAGCAACAACAACAACAACAAGAUUGUUGAUCAACAGAAAAGAACAAGUGAAAAAGAAAAGAAUGUACCUUUAAAAGUGUAUAGAUGGAAAGAACUAAAAGAUAAUUUAGAUCAGUUGUCAAGACAUGGUUACAUUGAUCAGAUUAAAAAGAUUGUUGCUUAUCAAGAACAAGUAGUCUGUUCAAAGUAUCGUUGGACAAAACAAGGUGAUGAACAGAUACCUUACACACCUCAUUAUAUGACUAUCAUCAAUUACAUAGUCAGAGACGGUCACUUUGAUUAUAUUCAAGAGAUUUGGAAUAGGUUGGCUAGACAUUUUCCAGAAAUACCACACUCUAUCAUUUGGUAUGCUGUAUACUAUAAUCAAACUAAAAUCUUCAAGUGGGCAAUCGAGCAAUCAAAAGAAGAAAAAGUCAAUGAUUAUAUUGAUAUGUCUCGAUUUUUCGAACCCAUUAAAUAUGGUAUCAAAGUAGAGAAACAAUUAAACAAUCGUGAUGAAAUCAUUGAUUGUCUACCAUUUGAAUCGUUUUCAAAUUUGGAAGAGAAUUGGCCGACUGGUACCGUCACAAUACAAUCAUCGGAUCUAAGAUAUCGAUUGUACCAAUACCUCUCUUUAAAUCUUGCCAAAAACACACAAUUAAAAGAGACACUUUUAUCAAGAUUAAUUGUCAAUGCAAUGCAACUAGGAGAUAACGACCUUUUUAAAACUAUUCAACAAAAUCAUUAUAAUUCUCAUCGUGGUUUAUUUAAUUUUGAAGAAUUGGUGUACUCGGCUGCUUCAACUGGUAACUUGGUGGCUCUAAAGUAUUUAAUAGGAACAAAUAUAUCAGUAAUGCAAAAAAUCAAGGCUCUCGUUUUGGAUAAAGGAGCUGUAAAGAUAUUUGAAAAAAUCAGGUUUGGAGUAUUGGAUAAAGCAGUUUCAAACGGUCACCUUCAUAUUGCAAAGUACCUCAGAACUGAACAUGUACCAUAUUGUACUGAAACUACUAUUCAAAUGGCAAUUGAAAAUGGAAAUAUAGAUAUGGUAACCUAUGUAUUGGAAAAUGCAAAAGAAUUUUGCACAUAUCAUACUGUUUACUAUACAAUUGAUCAUAAUCGUACCGAUUUAUUCAAAUUAUUGGUUGAUCACUGUUCAACAUUUAACCGUCGAUUCGAUUUACAUGCUAUUGUCAGAAGAUCAUUGGACCAUGGUAGAUGGGAGGUAUUGGAGAUUAUGAAGACUAGAUUUGGUAUUGGUUUACCAAAAUCCCUAAAAAACUUCAAGUUUAGAAACAAUGAUAUACUCAAAUACGUAUAUCAAAACAGAAAGAAAGAUGAUAACAAUAAUAAUAAUAAUGAAGAAUCAACAGUAGAAUAUUUGUUGGUCGCAAAUGCAAUUCCAAUGAACUUGAUAGAGUCUAUUGAAAUGAUCGAUCAAGACUAUACACAUUUACUCAAAAACAUGAAAGAUGUCAAGAUGGAUGAUCAAAAACCAUCACUUGAAACAAUUCAAUUCUUGGUGGCUCGAAUGGAUCAACCAAACUAUAAUAAUCUCUUUGAGAGUGCAAUCCGUUUUGGUCGGUUGGAUUUGGUAAAUUACCUAUUCCCUCUUAUUCAUUCGCAAUGUAUUCCAUUGUCCAACUUGAUAGAGUAUACACGUGUAGAUGAUCAUACUUGUCUCAAGACACUAGACUUUAUGUACCAACGAUUUGGAGAAACUGCCCUUUUACAAAGCAACAAGAUUCAAAAAGUAUUUAGAACGGCAGCGAUCAAUCGUGGUGUAUCAGUACUUGAAUAUCUUUGGGAUCGGUUUCAAAGUAAAUUAACAGUGACUGCUCAAAUGAUCUCAUUGGCAAUCAAACCAAAACAAGAUAACCUCAUUUGGCUACUUUCACAUGUGAACCAAUUCUAUUCUUCCCCAUCCUCUUCCUCUUCCUCUUCCUCUUCCUCCUUAUCCUCCUCUUACUUUUCAACAAAAACAUUUGAAUUGGAUUUCAAAGAAAUGGCAAGGUUGGGAUAUUUGUCAACUAUUAAAUGGAUUGUCGAGAAUGGGUAUCAUCGGUCCAUCGCAAAGUUCCUAAUACAAAGGACAACUGACCUUGGUAAAAAGUCGGUUAUCGAAACCACUAGAUAUCUCUGGGAGAAUGGUAUCAUUUUUGAUAGUAUUCCUCUAGAGGAAAAACCAUUUUCAAAACAUUUGGAUCCAGACCUCAUUCUACUCCUCAUCGACAUGGGAGUUUCUCUUUUACCUUUGAUAAAAUAUUACAGAUACUCGUUUGAACAUUCAGGUAUCCUUCGAUUAAUUUAUUUUAAUUAUACAAACAUUAAUAAUAGUGCCAUCACUCGAAAUGUCUAUGACCCAGCCCUCAUCAGUCUAUUAUCUACUAAUAUUCAAAACAUAGCCAAAAGUAUGGCUCUUAAAAAUCAAUUCCUCACCAAAUUAUUGUCAACAUUUAAAUAA